AUGUUUUUUAUUCGAUCUGGUAAGAGUGGAGGAAGUGUAUUCGUGAAAUGCAUAUGGACAUCCCGAUCGUAUCACAGUUCUACCGGUGGUUUAUACUACCGUGCUCAUCACCCAGGCAAUCAUAGACAAUCAAAAGCGGUAGGACAAGCCGCUGCGGCUGCAAUGCAAUCAUCAGCCAUAAAAAGUACGUAUUGGGAAGAGAAGAGUGGAAGUUCGGAAAAUAUACAAGGGAGAAAAAGUGAAAAUAAUAAUAAUAAUAAUAAUAAUAAUAAUAAUAAUAAUAAUAAUAAUAACAGAAACAGCUGUGGUGCUACAAAUAGUUCUUUUAACAGCAUGGACUCUCCACCCAUAUCAGGACCGACAUCUCCGCAGGCGUAUUUGUAUCGUCUGCAUCAUGGACGUUUUGAUAGUUUGACUUCUCUUCUUAGUAUGCCAUAUGCGGCACCGCCAUUGCGAAUUCUCACAGAUGUGCUUCGUGAAGCAAUGCAAUUAAGACUACAUCUACGGAAUAAAAGAAUUGAAAAUAUACAGAGCACCAAUGAUAAACAAAAUAGUGAUAUGUUAGAAAUUUUUAAACGAGUCACAAAGUCUUUAUCUGACCCACUUGCUGCUCGAUUACUUCUUCGAAAGGCAGUAGAAAUGGUACAAGAAGUAAAAGAAGGGGUGACGGAGUUGGGAGAUAACCUUAGUGAACGUGAAUUUCAGCAACAAUUACUUGAAAUAGAAUCUUUUGUCGAACAACUACGUCAAUGGAAUACUCCUGUUGCAUUAUUAACUUCUGAUUCUAAUACUAUUUCCUCUUUAGAAGAUGAAGAUGUUCGAUUGAUGUUGGAAUGGAACCUACCAGAUGUUGUUAUGACUGAUAUGUGGCGUACAGUCUUGGAGUUGUGUAGUCUGACAGGUAAUUUUACUCUUGCUGUUGAAUCUCUUGAUCAGCUUAUUAAGCUUAGUGAGUUACUUGAGCGUGUUGCUGAAAAAAUGAAAGAGAAUGAAAAGCAGGAAGAUGAAGAUCAUCAAUUACUAACAUUUUCCUUAGAUACUGUUGUGGAAACUGUGGAAGAAGAAGCGCGACAUACUCUCAUACCAGUCUCAGCAAUUGAUCAUAUUUAUGCCAUUCAAAGUUGUGUUCUUACUCGAAAAUUUGAUAUUGCAUAUUCUCUCUUUCAAAGGUAUAUGCAACACGCUCAGAAUGGUGUAUUUCCUCUUGCAGAAAAAGAUAUUACUAAAGCACUAGUUGCUCUUGCCUCUAGUUGUAAUAAUACCGCUCAUUUUACAGAAUUACAAGAGUUAUUAGUGGAAAGUGAAGCUGCUGCUGUUGUAUCGGUUUCUGUGGAACUAUACACUGCCGUAAUUGAGGCUGUGAGUCGUGCUAUUGAAAACCCAAAACGCAUGUCUGUGGCCCUUGCCCUUUACCGUCGAUUGCGAGAUGUUGGAUUACAACCAAACAUCAACACAUACGCCGCACUUAUUGCCUGUUGUGCUACUACAAAGGAACCAACACAUGCAUUUGCGUUUUACCACGAGGCGCGGCAACAGUGUGGAGUUGAUAACUUUACACCGGCGGUGUAUACGAAUUUACUGCGGGCGUAUGCGACUGCCGGUUAUGGGGCGGAUGCGCGGCAGACGUUGGAAGUACUUGCGGAGGCCGGCGCCCCGCUUACACGCAGUGCCUUCCACGCCGUGCUCUCCUCUGCUCAGACGGUGCGGGAUGCGGAGGAGGUGGUGAGCCUUAUGCAGACAUCCUACAAGAUUGCACCCACUCCACAAACGUAUGCAUAUUUGAUCAAAACAGCAAGUCUUAAUCCUAAUGGUGUUUCUACUGUUCUUCGUAUGUUUGAUUGGCAUGAACUUACACUCAAGAAUCUAUUAGAGAGUGGGAGUAUCAUUACACAACUCUCUCCUCAGGAAACACUUGAUGAACAUACAGAAAAACGAACAGCCCUUAGUACGAGUGGUACUGCUGUUACAUUAGAAGAAAAUAUUUUAACACACUACCCAAUUUAUGGUGAAGCUGUUGAGACAGCACUUUUACGACUUCGUGUAGAUCCUACAAUGGAUCCACGUCUUGAUGCCUAUAUGCGUCCACUCUUACGUGUAGCUCAAUUACGUAUGAAUACUUUUACUGGAAUGAGUCCACAGGCACCCACACGUAUUCCUAAAGGUUCUGCUAUUGCUGUUCUGGCACCUGAUGUUUUGGCAAACAUUGAAGAGUGGUUUAUUCCUUUUGUUUCUUAUUACUCUGCGAUAGUGAUUCCACAUUCUUCACUUGUAGCAUUACGACGUGGAGGUGGACGACGAAUUGACACUACCUUUGAAAAAGGACCACAACAAUUACUUAAUGAUUCAGAUUGGCGUGAGUUAGGAUCAGAGCAGGAAGUUAUAGUGGAAACACGACGGCGUAUUUUAAUGCAAUUUUUACAAAAAUAUCGUGAUGUUAUUCAUUUAGUUUCUUUAAAAGAGGAACUGGCAUUAAGCCGUGAUUGUGAUCGUUAUGGUAUUGGUGUAAAGAAUAUAUUUGCCAGAUCUGCUGCCUUUGCGCUAAACUUGGCACGUAUGGACAUUGUGAAUGCAAGGAAAGUGUAUGCUGAACAAGAUUGUAAUAUCGUUUUGGUCUCAGCUGAUUUUGAUAAAUGCGGCAAGUAUGUAGUAGAUCUCAGACGGGAAUUACUUCCGCAUCCGAAAGAUACCGACAGCAGAAGCCUUAGUGGUCUUACAGAUGGACUGCAGCGGGUGUGGUAUCAUAACCCUCGCACAAGUCCGCAGUGGCGACCACCACAAGUCUCAGUUGCCUCUCUUGUUGACAGUGCUAAUUAG